UAGUCCCACAGGCAUUUUGUUCUACGGAUAAAUAAACUCUAGGAACGCCUUUCCACCAUAGAAUUCAGCAUAAAUGCUAAAUAAUAACCAAAAUUUAGUUUAGCGGGUUGUAGUCCUUGACACCCGUCUCCUAAGGAUUCUUCUGGUGUGGGCGGAGGGGUCUCGUGCUAUAUAAGGAGGCCCGGCGGGUGGCCGGAUCCUCUUUCGCGUCUUAGCGUCCAAGAUGACAAAGAAAAGAAGGAACAACGGUCGUGCCAAAAAGGGCCGUGGCCAUGUGCAGCCUAUUCGCUGCACGAACUGCGCCCGAUGCGUGCCUAAAGACAAGGCCAUCAAGAAGUUCGUCAUUCGAAACAUAGUGGAGGCCGCAGCUGUCCGGGACAUUUCUGAAGCGAGUGUCUUCGAUGCCUAUGUGCUUCCCAAGCUAUACGUGAAGUUACAUUACUGUGUGAGUUGUGCCAUUCACAGCAAGGUAGUCAGGAAUCGUUCUCGGGAAGCCCGCAAGGACCGAACACCCCCACCCCGAUUUAGACCUGCGGGUGCUGCCCCAAGACCCCCACCAAAGCCUAUGUAAGGAGUUGAGUCCUUGAGUACUGAAGAAAAACUGCAUUGGGAAAAAAUAAAAUGGAAGUUAUACUUAA